GCGUCCUCUAAGCUACCAAGGCGCUCUUACUACGGAACAAGAUAAAAAAUAACAGGCAUGACGUACGAGUAACGAGGAAUGUAGCCAAGAUGUAACAGCUAUUCUUGUUAGUCCUGAAUUUGGAUCUCGGCACCAUCCCGUACAAUAUUCGCCCCGUCUAGUUCCUGGUGCACUGUACGAAUGCAAACGCCACAGCCCUCGCGAUGCGAUCACGAGUGUCAUGUCGGAAGACGAAGCUGUCGUCUAUCUUCGCUGGAUUGACGGCACAUCUGUAGCAACCUUAACCCUGAUAUCCUAUGAUUACCUUCUUCUGUUGGACAAGGAGGUUCAGUAUUUCUGGCAACGGUCGUGGUCGGUGAUGUCAUGCCUUUACCUCGUUGUUCGAUAUUUUGGUCUUUUCCUUGCAUUGUACGUCGUGGUGGUUGUGUUCUUCAUAUUGCAUGUAAAAAAACGAUGCUAGGUUUUGGGGCUGCUGGGGAGGUCUGUUGUAUAUGC